CACAGUCAGGACAAGGCGUUAUUUCAGCAGUGAAUGUCCCCAGCCUCCCACUGCCCCUGGAGCUUAUAGUUGCUACUUUCUCCCUGCACCACCGCCCCCCCCCCCAUUCAUCCUUGCAAGAGAUAAGACACAUUUAUUAGCAGAAACCCUUUGCUUCUCAGGGCUCUGAAAAAUGCCUGUCUGGUAAGUUUUUGUUUCUGUGCAGGGCUGGGGCUGAGCUCCAGAACAGCUCAGUUUGUUUCGUUUUGUUGUGUCCCUGAUUCUGCCCCUGCCCACAGUGGUGCAGAUCAGGGGCUCCUCCAAUGUAAAUUGAUUUACAGCCAGCAUGAGUGGAGCAGGAUGGAUCCACAGGGUGAGGAAAACUAAGACGAACGGGAGUGAAACCUCCUAGGAGCAGCAUCAAAUACACACAGAUGUGUUGCCCUCACAUCCCUGCUCAUCGGCAAGAAACAGGCCCCAUGGUAAGAGCCCCUGGGAAGUCCCAGGUGGGACAGCCCAUAAACCCAGACUGAAACCUGGCCUCCCGCAGGCACAGUGCUGGAGGAGAGAGAAACGGCUCAAGCAAAGUGCUGCUCUGCAGCUCCCCAAGCACCACGAGUAGCUCAGGGGCACUUGGGGCUCUCCCCAGGGCACAGUGGGCUCAGGGCCUGGCUCCGGGGCUAGUAGGUGUUCAUUUAUGGGUCGUGGCAUCCCAGCCUGCAAGCCAGCGAGCUGCUCGGCUGCAGGGAGGUGCUGGGCACUGCUCACAGCCUCUGCUCUGCAGAAAGAAACCUCAGCAGUGUCCUGGCUCCUGCCCAGCGCUGUGACAUCCCUCAGUGCCACUGUCCAGCCAGCAACAAAGCGCUGGGCUUGGGCUGGGGCCAGCGUGGCCAUGCCGGGGCCUGGCGCGGGGCAGCCCUGGGAUCUGGCACGGCACAGGGCGUGUGGCCUCUGGCUCGGGGCACAGCUCCGGGGGGUCCGGCCGGGGGCAGCGCGGUGUGGCACUGAGGGGUCCCCGGGGCAGCAGCACAGGCUACACCCCGCACACCCCGCUCUGCAGCGCCGAACUCAGCCCGAGCGUAUCCUCCGGAAUCGCAGCGUGGGGAGGGGGCAGCGCUGCGCACGCCCCCUGCGCGCACCGCGGAGUGCGCAGCCCCAGGCAGCCCCCUGCGCGCACCCCGCGGGCGCUGCGCCCGCCGCGCAGAGCCGCACUAAGACCCUGCGCGCCCGCCGCGCACCGCCCCUUCCCCGCCGCCCGCCCCCCUGCGCGGAGCGGUGCGCGGGGCUGCGCGGGCAGUGCGCGGCGGCGGCGGGGAUGGGCGGCGGGGCGCUGGCGCUGCUGCUGGCGGCGGGGCUGUGCGCGGCGCAGUACGAGGAGUACAGCGUGCGCGGGUUUCCCGAGGCCGCGCUGGAGCCGCUGCAGCGCGCCUACACGCGGGCGCUGGCGCAGUACGCGGACGCGCAGUGGGCGGAGAGCGCCCGGGCACUGGAGGCCAGUCUGCGGCUCCACCGCCUGCUCCGCGACAGCGAAGCGCAUUGUCACCGCCGCUGCGCCGCGCCCGGGGGCCCCGCGGAGGAGCCCCCCGCGGAGGGGGACCCCGCGGCGUGGGAGUGGGAGCGGGAGCUGCAGCUCUUCGGGCGGCUGCUGCUCCGCGCUGGCUGCCUGCGCGCCUGCAAGCGCGACCUGCCCGUCUUCCAGCUGCGCUACCCCCCCGCGCAAACGCUGCGCGACUUCCAACGCCGGCUGCCCUACCAGUACCUGCACUACGCCCUCUUCAAGUCAAAUAAGAUUGAGAAAGCGGUGUCUGCUGCCCACACCUUCCUGCAGAAGAAUCCCAAACAUGAGAUGACCCUGAAGUACCUGAACUACUACAGAACGUUGCUGGAUGUGGAUGAAUACUUGGUUGACCUGGAGGCUCAGCCCUACGAGCCGAUAUUUGUGCGGUCGGUGAAGCUGUACAACAGCGGGGAUUUCCGGAGCAGCGCGGCCGACAUGGAGCGGGCGCUGGCCGAGUACUACAAGGCGUACGAGGACUGCCUGGCUGGCUGCGAGGGCGCCUACGAGGUGCAGGAGUUCAAGGACUUCUACCCCGCCAUCGCAGACCACUUUGUGAGCGUGCUGCAGUGCAAGGUGGACUGCGAGACGGAGCUCACCCCCAACGUGGGCGGCUACUUCGUGGAGAAGUUCGUGGCCACCAUGUACCACUACUUGCAGUUUGCCUACUACAAGCUGAACGACGUGCGGGACGCGGUGCGCAGCGUCUCCAGCUACAUGCUCUUCGACCCGGGCGAUGCUGUCAUGCAGCAGAACCUGGUCUACUACCGCUUCCACCGCGAGCGCUGGCGCCUGCAGGAUGAGGACUUUGAGCCCCGGCCGGAAGCCGUGCGCUACCACAACCAGACGGCCGCCCAGCAGCAGAUGUUGGACUUUGCCCGACAGUUCCUGCAGGCUGAUGAUGAGAUGGAGGUGGAUGGUGAUGAGGGGCCAGAGCUGCAGGACCUGCCCUCCGACAACGAGUUUGAGGGAGAGGGUGACUACGAGGAGGACUUAUUUGCAGAGUGGUGGCAGGAGCCCAAGACCAAGGGGGACAAAGCUGACCAAGAGACCCUGCAAUGAGCCAGGCAAAGGGGCACCUGGCCCCAGCAGAGCUGGAUGUCAGGGGCCCUGUGACACCAUCCCGGGGACACUGGACUUUGGGAUCCUGCCAAUCACUGUGCAGAACCUCAGGCUCAUGGGAAAGGGCUGAUCCUGCCCAGCACCACUGUCACCUGGACACCCACUGCCCUGAGUGCAGCCCUGUUCCCAUUGUAGAGCACCAGCACUGCUGGACCUCCCCACGUGCUCGAGAGCUGCCCCCAAGCCACCUCCCCAGUGUUCCAGGAGCCCUGGUCACCUGUGGUGUCCCUUGGCUCCUCCCCAGGAGCUGUGGACAGUGCUCCAGGAUUGACCCCUGUGUUGUCUUGAGGGGCUCAGGGGGCUUCCCCUGCUCUGGAGCAAUGCACAGUGCUCCUGGAGUCAGGAACCCGUGCUGGUCCUGCCCCUGCUUGGAGGUCCUCUGGGGAUCCUGCCCAGCCUCCCAUCCCUCCUGGCAGCCCCCAGAGCCUGGGACCCUUAGGAGCCCAGAGCUACAGCAGGGCUCUGGGUGUGCCAGUGUUCCCGUGCCACCACAUGUGCCUUGAAUUUUGGCCACACCAGCCCUCUGUAGCCUUAAGCUCCGUUAAUUUAAUACUUCCCGACUUGUAGAGUUGCUUUUUUUUUUUUUUUUUGUAUAUAUUUAGUGGUGCUGAACUUUUAAUAAAAUCCGGAUGGGUCUUUU